AUGUUGAAGGAACAGCUGAUAUUUUUCAUUAAAAACUUGGGUCGGCAUGAGCAAAUAAACGGAUUACUUGAUAAAUCAACACAGUAUUAUCGAAUUGGUGCUGAUUGCAAAGCAUCUCUUGAAGGCAUUCUGACACUUAUUAAAGGACUUAAUAGUGUUAAUAUGCUAGUUUAUCUUUGGGAAUUACACUUGCUUGAAAAGCACUUGUUGACUAUCUUUUUGUUAAAUAACAACAUAAAAGAUAAUGAUACAAAGUCCAUAAUUGUUACUAUGAUUGAGUUAUUUGUCCUGAUGACAACGCCCGUUGUUAUAGACCAGAAUGUUGACUUUGCUGAUGAUAACGCAUGCCUACAAAGAGAUAUCUUAAAGGCUCAGAUUGGUUAUAAGGAAUUGUUUACAAAAAAUCCCGUUGUACUCAGAACCCUGUUAAAUCUGCUCAAUGAUCAUUUAAAGAUUGAAAUCAGCGAGCCCACGGAAAGCAACAUUAUGGUCGUUCGUCUAGUGCUAGCAUUAUUCCGGAAUUUGUUGGCUAUAGACAAAAAGGAUAAAAGGCUGCAUUACAAUCUAGUGCAUCAAUAUUAUAAAGAAACAAUACUAGAAUGCCUUUGUUCAUUCGAUUCAAACACUAUCGAAUUAUUUCAAUGUAAUAUUAUAAUACAAGAGAUAUUCUAUCAUAUUUUUUAUGGUAUCGAACCUUCCGAAAUUCUGGAGAAUCCUACAGCUGUAUCAAAUGAAUUUUCCAAAAAACUGUUAGAAAAUGAGGAAAAAAAAAAGGAGGAUUAUCGUCGUCGUUUUAAUGAACGCUUUGGCGGAAAAUAUUGGGUGAAGAUGCCUGAUGGUUAUGAAGUUCUUACUUCAAAAAGGAAUGCACUCUCCGAAAAACUUCCUAAUAAUUCGGAAGACAAGGAGAAUAAACGUCCGAUAAAAGAUGAAUGGCUGCCGAAGAAGAAGCCAGGACUUGAUAUUAAUAACAAUGCACGUCAGAUUUCAGCAUUAGCCGUAACAAUUAUUUACGUUAUUUAUACUAAAUACUGUAGUUGCUUGCUACCUUCAAUUGCAGUUAUGGCUAGAGCUUCAAAUUGGGCUGGAGUGCUUGAAACAAAUGGUAACCUUUUAUCAAGAACAAUUGAAACAAUGGGUUCAAAAAAUUCGAAUGAGGAUCAUGAAACUUGUAACAAAGUUCAACAGCUGCAAUAUAGAAUUUUGUGCGACAAAGAAAAUUUAGAAUUGAUUGUUGAUGUCGUUAAAAGAUCUUCUAAACAAUCUCAUAAUUCUAAAUCACCUUUUGUUAUCGAUUAUUUAAUAAGUUUUCUUCGAAACUUGAUUGAGACAGUACACCGACUUUUGUCUAUGCUUGAACGGGUUAAGUUGAGAAAGUAUAUUUACGUUAAACAAAAGCGUCACACAAAUAAACUUAGCAAAAAAGUAAAAUAUACUAAGGAUGAAUAUGAAUAUAGAAUGGAUAAAAUUGAUUCACGUGAACAAAGGCAUAGAGCAGAUGCAUUUGACAGAUACGAGAAGUGCUAUGUUGAUGAAGAGGUCCUAUCAACUUAUUGUGCACUAUUGGAUAAAGAAUACGAAACAAUUGACUUAGAUUUUCAUUAUAUUAAUACGAUGUUUUUUCGUAUCUUUUCUAAUUGUGAAUCUUCAUUUUUCUUGAAGCUGUCAUUUAUGGAACUCUUGCAUCGCAUUCUCGAACAUUUUAGGGGACUGACCGACUCUUUUCAUUUGAAUUUGAAUGAGUCACAAAUUAAGUUCAAAGAGUUUGCAUAUAAAAUUGUAGAAGACUUUGCUAUACGAAUGGAAAAAAAUCCACUAACAUAUAUCGAACUUAUAUUUCCUAAGACCGAUUUGGGGCAAUUGGAAUUUAAAGAACAAGAGGAGCCGUCUCAUGAGGCUCAAGUUGAGCAAUUUAUCGAAAAUCUUUUGAAGUUGCUUCUUGAAGAAGGCAAAUCACAUUUAAUCGAAUGGCUUCAAGAAGUUUUGCGCAAAUUUGCUGAAGAGAAUCAAGCAUAUGAUAGUUCAAAAAAACAUGCUAAUAAUGCGGAGCAAUUGGACGCGUUAACCCAUGAUGAACACUUCAUGGCGUUUCUUGGUGUACUCGAGUUUAGAAAAAUUGGUGAUGAAGAUAAUGUAAGGUGGAUAACUGAAUCCGCUGAUCUUUUCAGCUUAAUCAACAAAAUAGAAACCAAACUUCAAAUUAUUGAAAUAAGAAAGAUGCAAGAAAAAGUAGAACGAGGUCUUAAGAGAAAAAGAGAAGAGGAAGAGUAA